AUAGCAGCAAAUGUCUAUCAUUUCGAGCGGCACAUAGUUAUCGUCGUGGUUGAUUGUUCGAAAGGCGUGCCCAAUCGUUUGAUUACCAUCAGAGUGUGGGCUAACACACAAUGGCAGACACUAGACCAGCUGAAAAAGAUGAACAGCAGAAACAAAACACGCCACGCAAGGUGAUGGAAGAGCGUGUCAAAGGCGUGGUUAAGUGGUUCAAUGUGAAGGCAGGAUAUGGCUUCAUCAAUCGUCAGGACACAUCCACGGACAUAUUUGUGCAUCAAUCGGCAAUUUCACGUAACAAUCCAGAAAAGCUUCAGCGUUCACUCCAAGAGGGGGAAGAAGUGGAGUUUUAUGUUGUUGAGGGAGACAAGGGCGACGAAGCAUCCGAAGUGACAGGCCCUGGGGGUGAACCUGUCAAGGGCAGUGUGUACGCAGCUUUGCGUGGACGUGGACGCAGCCCGCGAGUGUUUAACAUGCGUGGGAGAGGUCGUGGAAUGGGACCUGGUGGAUUCUCCAGCAACCAAGAUUUUGUGCCUUACUAUGGUCCUCGGGGUCGGGGCCGUGGCCGUGGUGGUUCAGAAAUGUACGGAGGUGGUUACGAAUUUAUGGAUCGUGGUGGGAGAGGCCGCGGGUUCCGUGGACGUGGAAGGCCUCGUGGUCGUGGGUUUAGAGGAUCUGGUGGGUUCGAAUCUCGGGGUCGCGGUGGUCCUCGUGGAGGAAGGGAUAAUUAUCACAACGAGGAUGGCUCACCGGAUAUGCGAGACGCUUAGAAUUCUCUGAUCAAAUACUAAGAAAUGUCAUUUUAGAAAUCUAUGUAUUCUGUCAGCAUUCAUAUAUGCAUGUCUACGUUUCAACUCAAUUGUUUAAUCAUCCAACUUGCAGCACAUUGGAUUAUCACUUGUCUUUAUGGUAUUUCGGAUGUACACCAACUUUUUCCCUUCCUCAGUUUCGACGUCUAACUGGUCAAACUUGAGUGUCUCCAAUUUUUGAAUCCAGAGUUCCCGUGGGUAUAUUCAACAUGUUUCAUUCGAUCUUACAGCCUUAGCUUUCUGCGCUUUUCGAUGCAUUUCUUGCCUAUCAGGGCUUUCCAUCUGAACUUGAUUACUUUUCUACUGUUUCAUAUCUACUUACUUCCGUCUGCCAAUUGCUUGAAGGCUCAGACCAUUUGAAAAAGUCAGAGAUCUGACUCGUCAGCCAUUGGUGAUUAUACUUUCCUGUAGAAUGUGCACUCUUCUGUCAUCUUGUGUGGAUAUCUGGUGCUGUAUGGUUUGACUUUUCGUAAUCAAAUAUGCAUUUUGAUACUUGAUAAAAUUUCUUUAGAGUAAUAA